AGGUGAUCUAAGAAACCGAAGUGCUUGUGUUUUAAAUCAAUUAUUAUUAUUAAAUACUCAAAAUGGUUUCUGUCAACUUUUUCAUUGCUGUGAUGUUGUUUCUGAUGGGACUGGCAAUAAACCACGCAUAUCCAACUAAAGAAGCCUGGCCCGAACAGUGUAAAGGGAGGUCCUACUGCCACGUGCAACCAGAUUACUACCCAAAGGAGACGUUUGCGAAAAUUUUGGAUGGAGUGAAACUGCAGUUCCAGCAAGGGGGAGAGAUCGCCAACCGCAGCAGUGAAGAUGACGUCGCCAGCUGCAGUACUAUUAAACUGUUUGACAAAAUUUACCUGAUCUUGGACGAUAGCGACACGAUCCGGUUCGUCGCCCAGAAUGAUGAUAUUUUCUCAUUCACGAUUCAAAUCGAAGAAUGCAGUUCUCCUGGCCAAACACAUUCUUCUGCGUUAGACGAAGAUCACCUUCGAGAACAGAGAGUAGACUGCUACGAGACCAGACUACCUUUCAUGUUCCCCGUGCUCUCGCUAGAUGGCGCUAAACUGGAAUCUGUGGCGCCUAAGGGCGGAGUUCCUGUAAGCUGUUCUGCCAAAGUGAUAGCGACGUAGUUAAUAUUAUUUUUAAGAGUAUAUUUUUGUUUAUGUAAUUUUAAAAUUAUAUUAUAAACUGUAAAUAAUAGGAUUGAAUUGAUUGAUUGUCAAAGACGUGUAGAAAUAAGUUUGAAAAUUGUGACCUGUAAUA